UGGGAUAUUGCACUUCAGCCUGAUACUUGCAGUGGGUUCUUAAGAAACAGAAGCUGUUACAGUGAAUAUAUUUGUCUUGUUAAUUUUUCCUUUUAACAUCCUAGUAUUAGAUUUACAAUGCCUUUCUCUGGGUGAUGCACACAGGAAGUGCUUAAAAUGUCUUUGCUGUAAUGCAGUGAAAGCUAUGGGGAGAGGGGGUGCUGAAAAGCCCCAGUUGACUCCCCCAAAUCUGUUUAUGUACAUAUUAUCCAGCAUUCCCUGUAGACUAUUCUAGCAUAUACCUGCUUCCCCUGGUCUGGACCCUUCUCUCAAACUUUAUUUUCCAUGUCUCUAAGGAAAAGGGAUAGAUCUGGGUAAUUCAAUUGCUGGAGGUGUCUAGAAUCCUCUUUCGAGGGAUAGCUCUGCUCCAAGCUCUCACAUGCGCCAAAAUCUGCCUCUACCUUAUUUCCUGUCAAAGAGAAAGCCUCUUUCCCACACUAGGCUCCCAGGCCUUUACAGAAACUGGACAGCACCCUGACCACAAAGCUUCUCACAUCUCUGAUUGCCCAAGCCCACCUAGCACAUAGUAGUUGCUCAAUAAAUGUUUACAGUGGGUAAGGGCUGGAGGACUCUUUAGAAAUCAUCUACAAUCUGAUGUUCCUCUAUCAUUUCUUAAAACUCACAUACCCUUUAAAUAAAUACAAAAAUUUCUGCCUCUCCCACUCAAUUUCCGUCCUUCCCAAAGAAGUACACCCCUCUAUCUCUGGUUGAGGAACAUAAACAGAAAAUAAAAUACAUAUUUGUUGAUACCUCAUCCAGUAAGACACCAUGUAAUUUGAAUUACAAAGUCAUUUUGUCAUUUUCAACUUAUAAAAUUAUACCAUGCCAGUGAAAUACUAGUCUAAACUAUCCUUGUCCUCCACCUGAGUUUCACAAUAGUGUGAACUUCCUCCUGGCCCCCUCCCAGCCAAGAGUCAUAUAGGCCAUCAGUCCAUUUUACCAUGGAGCCCUGAGAAGGGAGUCACCUGGCCUGCAUCACACAGCAAAGAGAAGUAGAUCAUAGAGUUGGACUUGGGUCUCUUAGUUUCCAAUAUUAUUACUGCCCAGAUUUGAGGCAGAAUUUAUCCAGUCACCCAGCCAAACAUGACCCAUCUGAGUCUCCUGGAUCUGGAAUGAGUGGCCCGUUCUGGACCCUGCCCUCUCUGGUUUAGUCCUGGAUGCCUUGAUCAGGAGUCUCUGGUGGCUGCAGCCAUGGCUGGGGCACCAGAGCCCCGCCCUUGGCUCCAGGCCUGUGCUCACUGCUGCUUAGGUGGCUAGGGGUGAGGGACAGAUCACAAUGACCCUGGAGAGGCCCCUAGAAGCAGCAGGGAGGGGCUGGCAAAGAGAUCAGUCAAGGAAGAUGGGCUCUCCCAAGCACUAGCCCGCCUGGUAGGGGGCUCUGAACUCAUGAGACCUUCUGUGGCCCUCCCUAGAAGAUCCACCAGGGUGAGUGGAUCCACCUGGGUGUGACACCACCCAGGAACCAGCUCAAAGCUGACAGCAACCUGGGAAUGUGGUAUGGAAAGGAAGUGGGCUCAGAUACCCUCAGUGUCAGAACUGGGGGUGAGGGGUGGCACCUGUGGCUCAAUGAGUAGGGUGCUUGUCCCAUAUACCAGACAUGGUGGGUUCAAACCCGGCCCCAGCCAAAAAAAAAAAAAAGAACUGGGGGUGGGACUAGGCCUCUACCUACCAAAGGAGAAGUCUGUUAAAAAUCUGUCUUGGCCCCACCCCAAACUUGCUGAAUCAGCAUCUGGGGUGGGAGGUGGGGGGAAGUCAUCCUUAUUUUCAACAAGCUCCCCACCCAAGGGGCUCUGAGGCACCACCAGGACUGGGGGACUGCUGCUCAGGUCUGUUUUCGUCCAAGUUCCCAGCAGAGCACUAACAUCUGGACGUAGCAGCCUGGGCUAAGCGCUCAACCAGCCAAAAACCAUUUCACUAGAACACUGAGACAAGACAGAGAAGUUAAUUGGCUUGCCCAGGGUUACAGAGCUGGUAAGUAGUGAAGCCAAGACUAAUCCUAAAUAAUAAUUUUAAAAUAAUAAGAAUGGCAACUAGUCUUUAAGUACGUACAACGUGCCUGGCACUGUUCUAAGAGACUGACACGUAUUCGCUCAUUUAAACGUCACAGCAACCCAAAAAGGUGGGUGCUCCUGCCGUCACCAUUUUUCAGGUGAGGAAACAGAGGCUCAGGGAGCUCCAGCCUGAGCCCCUCACUGUCUGCCGGCCAGUAGCGUGAGUCCCCCGUUAUUGCUCUGUCCGGCUCUGGGCACUAUGGCCCGGAGCAGGUCUUUGCCCCCCACCUCGCACGGCGCCCCCCGCCCCCGCUGGCGUGAGGAUGCCCUGAGCUGAGCAGGGCCGAACAUGUUCCGGCGUCAGCUCAACCCGGGGGCCCAGGAGGCGCGCAAGAGGUACCCCGCUGAUGGCGACUUGCGACGGAGAGACCCGCGGCUGCCCAGGCUGACCCCGCCCAAGCUCCGAGCCGCCCGAUACGCGCGGGAUGCAGCGGGCUCCAGCAUCCGGGAGGGUGGCUCCACGUGGUGGCAGGGCUGGGACGCUGAGCCCCGGGAGGACGUCAGGAUCCCCACGCCGCGCCUGCCCGUCCGGUCCCCAGUGCCCCCGCAGGCACAGAGGAAGCGCAGCCUGCUAGAGUCCCUGCUGCUGCCACCCCUGCUGUCCGCCAGCGCGUCCCGGGGAUCGACGCCCGGGCGUCCCGGCCCUGGACUGUGCCAGUACACCCGGAGGGGCGCGGCCAGGGAGGGCCCCAGUUCCUUUGGCGCCCUCUUAGGAGAGUUCCUCCCUAGCAGGUUCCGCGAGUUCCUGCGACAGCUCCAUGAGAAGUGCGAGGAGCCCCCGGAGCCACAGACAUCCUCAGUACCACGACACCAAAGGGGUGUGUCAGAGCACUGCCGAAGGUCUCAUCAGUGUCCCAACUGCUCUUUCCUCCCAGACCUGUGCAGCCCCUACUGUGCACAAAUCCCCAAGCCCAAGGCUGUGGUCACUCGAAACCUCUCAGGGGAGGCCUCCAGGGCCCGCAGGCGGUGUUCCCCUCUCCGGGUUCGAUUUGCUGAUGAGACCGUACGGGAUACUGCACUGCGAUACUGGGAGCGCAGCUGUGCAGUCCGGCAGAGCUUCACUGAGAACCAGACCUCCAGGCUGCCGGCUGUGUCAGAGCAACUGCUCGGGAGUGUUGGGCGAUGGCUAGAGACUCUGCCCAAAGCCCUGUACCUGGGGGCCAGGGAGGAGGCCCCGACCAGCUUCUCCUGCUGGAACUUCCCCAGCCUGGCCACCAAGGAGCUACACAGCCACUUGUCUGAAGACACUCCUAUGAAUAGCAGCCUGCCCUUCAUCCCUAGGGCCACCACCCAGAGGCAGCGGGGGGACCUCCAGAACUUACUGGGCACCCACAACAUCCCGGAGAAGUUGGGCAAACCACCCAGCCCCUGGAAUCAGAAGCUGGAAUCUUUCCUGCCCAGUGUGGUGCUGCAGUCGGUCCUGAGGCGAAGCCGCCCCAAGGACUACCAGCUCUUCCUGCCAUCUAUGACACUGCAGUGGGCUCAGAGAUGAAAACCCACCAGCCCACGCCCAGCGGCACCAGCAGGCCAGGGAGUGAGGAGG